GGAGCGCAGCGCAGCCGCUCCCGUCCUUCCUGCCGAGCCCCCGGGGCAGCGCUGGCAGCACCAUGACUUCGGCGGCGCUGGAGAUUCUGGGGCUGGGGCUGGGCAUCCUGGGCUGGGUGGGGGUGAUCCUGGCCUGCGGGCUGCCCAUGUGGCAGGUGUCGGCCUUCAUCGACGUGAACAUCGUGGUGGCGCAGACCAUCUGGGAAGGGCUGUGGAUGAACUGCGUGGUGCAGAGCACGGGGCAGAUGCAGUGCAAGGUGUACGACUCCAUCCUGGCGCUGCCGGCCGAGGUGCAGGCGGGCCGGGCGCUCACCGUCAUCGUGGCGCUGCUGGGGCUGGUGGCACUGAUGGUGACCGUGGUGGGCGCGCAGUGCACCAACUGCAUCCGGCCCGGCAAGAUGAAGUCCCGCAUCGUGAUCGCCGGCGGAGCCAUCUACAUCCUCUGCGGGGUCCUGGUGCUCGUCCCGCUCUGCUGGUUCGCCAACAUCGUCAUCAGCGACUUCUACGACCCCACGGUGCCGCCGUCCCAGAAGCGGGAGAUGGGGGCCGCGCUCUACAUCGGCUGGGCGGCCACGGCGCUGCUGCUCUUCGGGGGCUGCCUCAUCUGCUGCUGCUCCUGCUCCCAGCGCGACGAGACCUCCUUCCCCGUCAAGUACUCGGCGCCGCGGCGGCCCACGUCCAACGGCGAGUACGACAAGAAGAACUACGUCUGAGCGGGGCCGGCCCGCUCUCGGCCCCGCGGGGCACGGACACACGGCCGCGGGCCGGCAGCGCCAGCGCUCCCCUGCCUGGAGGCUCUUCCCGACGGGGACCCCCGUGAAGCGGCGGCCCCGGGCAGGGCAGCGCCCGGCGGGUCCGGCCGCUCCGCUGCGGGCAGCGCGUCCCCGGCCCGGGGAGCCGAGCGGUCCGGGGAGCCGAGCGGGCAUCACCGGGACGCCCCGCGCGGCUCCCGCUCCCAGCCCUGCCUCGGCGAUGCCCCACACUCGUGAGUAUUUCACCGCCCGCUCUCGCUGCCCGUGCCUCUCGGCUGCCGGGACCGGCAUCGGGUGUGCGCGGUCGUCCAGCAGGAGCUUCCCAUCGGCGUUCUCCCUCCUGAAAGCCUGGCAGUUCCCGGUGGGACUUUAACCGAGUAGGGGGGUUUCGAUCUUCUGUUUGGGCAACUAAACUAGGGAUCCUGUCCAAAGCUUGUCACUAACCUUGAUCCUUAAUCACAUAGGCUGUUUGGAGAAAGGUAUUUGACUCUCUGCAUUUGUUUCAGUCCCUCGGAGAAGUACAGUGGUCUGUGUGUCUUUGAGACCUUGAGCUUUCAGGUAGUUGCUGUCCUUUAGUGGAAUACAGAGCAGAUUACACCAGGUUGCCCUUGAGGUUCUUCAUCCCCUCUCCUCCAUCAGCUUAUGUUCUGUUUUUACUUGAAUAUGAACUCAUUGCCAGAAUUAUCCGAGGCCUAGAAUCAGAGCUCUGGGAUAUCACCGUAUGUCCUGGCUCGAGCAGGGUCUCUGCUCCUCUCAUCCGCACUACAGGAGACUGGAAGCACAAAAGUUGCCCCAGAUACUGAUGGUUGGGAGGGAUGAUGCUUUUGUGGCCUUCCUGCCAAGCCCCGCUUGCUGCCAAUUCUGAAUUGUGUGCUCAGUUGGACGUGCACUUGGUUGGCUCCCCACCAUGAUUUUGUUAACACGUGCUUUCCUGCAUUUACCAAAUCAAGCAAAAAAUUGCUAGAAGAAUUUUACCAAAAAUAUCUUGACUGAGACUUUGUCAGCUGAUCAGGAGAUGUGAAGUGCUGGCUCUCACAGCUCUGCACUCCUGUGCAUUGCCUGGUAAUGCUCUGCAGACUGGAAGGAAGAUGCAUUGGGUAACAUUACUCCUGAUUUUCUGAGCUCAACAGCUGCUGAAAUUCACCACAGCCUGGAAUACCAGCUUACUCUUUUCCAUUUUACGCUGCAGAGACAAACGUUUUUCAAGGGAGGGGUUAGGGGGAUGUGUGAUACUCCUCCACACGAGUUACUUUAGAUCAACACAGGAUCCUGCUACCGCCCGUGGCAGCAUCUGCAUUGCCAUAAGGAGAUUUCUGCCAAGAGUCAGCGAGGAAAUGUGCUGUUUAUGUUCCUCAGAACACAACACUACAACCUCACGGGUCCCUCACAGUCCUGUAGCAGUACAGUGCACACCUGACCUGAGCAUUAACUCUUAUCUUUCUGAUAUCUCCAAGACUUGUGGACUAACCAUAACUGUGGGGCUGCGACAGAUUUACAUGGACUGUGUUCCUGCCUUGCUUAGCAAACUUAAAACCCCAGGGGUAUCAACAUGUUCACAGACCAGAAUGAGAGACUAAAGCCUUGCCCCUGCAAAUUGUGAUGUUGAAUAUUGAGCACAAUUUACCCUUUUAAAGAUAACUGCUUUCAGUUUUUAAACACAUAAAUAGCAGGGUCUGAGCCCAUCAGAGAAUACAAAAGCAGAGCAAUACAUCUACAAUUAGUUUUUUUCUAUAAAGAGGUGCGGUUUUUAUACUGUCUGCAUUUAAAUAAAAGCCGUAAUAUUUUUGUUAUGAUGUGAUAUGUAGUUUUGGUACAAGAAUGAAAUAAUCCAUAUUUCAUCAUUGCAACUUUUUUAAACAGUGUAACCUUGUAAACCUUGUAAAAAUGUAUUUAAAUGCAUAUAUUUUGCAAGAAAUCUACCAAAGUUGGCUUGCUGUGUGGUUUGGUGCCUUUAUUUGUUUCAUGAUUACUUUGUUUUUACUUUAAAUGCUAACGUCCAGCUGUAUUUGUCACCCAGCCCACAGACACACUGCACCCUCGCUCAGAGCUCUCUGAUGUCUAGCAGACAUCAGCCCAAGUCCUGGACCUCCCUCUGGUCUCCAGUUAAAGAACUGAACCCCACUGACAGACAUGUGUGCAUGUCUCUGUAGAGCAGAGCCUUCAGAAGUGCUGCAGAGUUUGGGGUCUGUCCAAAAGAUUAGAUCUUUCUGGACAGUGCAGCACUAGAAUUUCAAAUCAGAUCAAAACCGGUGUCUUUGGUAGAGGGAGGGAAACCCACACCUUCGAAGGGAAUUUUCUUCAACAAGCCAAACUUCUUGAUACGUGGCUUUGUGUCACAGCAGAGCUGGGUCCUCUUAGAACCCAAAUCUGAACCAAUUACCCAAGAGCUCUUGGAAGAAGCCAGUGCUGCCUGUGCAUGUGCCACCAGGCACAGCGUCACCCUGCCAAAACAACUCACUGCUGCUGUAACGAGGUUUUGCUGAGGUCAGUGGGGCAGCGCCCAACAAUACUUGCAGGAAGUGGGGCCCAUUUUUAAAAAUGUUUUUAUAUUUAAUCUCAUCCUUCUUAGUUGUUGCUGUGCUUUACAAGAUAACCCAGAUGUUACUGUUACUGAUAUCUCUAGCUCAGAGUAAAAGUCAGCUGGUUUUCCCUGUGAUUUGUUUUCUAAGAGCAAAGACCUAGAUCUGAACUUAAAAGCUUGGAACUGCUCAGGAUCAGGCCAAUGAAAAGUCUAUAGCACUUGUUUACUAUUUUUAUUUUGUAUUUAUGUUUUCUCAUAAAAAUAAAACCACGUAAACCAA